AUGGACAUUGAAACAAAUGACGUUAUAGAUAAUAGCAAGAAAAGCGAUAUGGCAAUAACAUAUUAUUGUGUAUUGAAUGCUUCUGAUGAAACUUCACCACCUUCCGUUAAACUCAAAGAUGGUAGUUCAGUACAAACAACUACCGUAGCUGCAAUGCUUACAACUAUUGAACGAUUUAUGAACGAGGACAAUAAUGGUGAGGACGAAACACAACGUGAACUCUUUUUUUAUUGUUUAGAUUCAUAA